GGGGGACUUAUUGACCAAGUGAAAUUACGCAGUUAAGAACUGGAUGUACCGUACCCAUACACGGUACGUCAAUCCAAUGCCCUCAAUAGGAAUUAGCAAAGUAGAUAGCUGCACUGCCUGGUCUCGUGACCCGAGCAGUUCGAUUGUACCGGUAGUCAACUGAUUCAGCCUGCUGCAGCCAGGAAGGGGAUCCAAUGGCACGAAGAAACUAGAGGCUGGAGGAAGCGGGUUUGGAUCGUUACAUAAACAACACUCAUUUUCCGACAUAACCAGCGGCUGAACAUAGAAACAGGGAUGCCAACGAAAACCCACUCUGCACAGGAGCAGUGACACGUCUGGGUCUCUGUCUCCCAGGAGCAGUGACAUGGCUGCUGAUGAUAAGUCCUCCUCUUCCUCCUCCUCCACGCUGGAGUGGAGCGCGGAGCCACCCCCCCUGCCCCGGAGCCCCUCCCACCUGACGCACUUCAAGCCCCUGACCCCCGAGCAGGACGAGCCCCCCCUCCGCUCGGCCUACAGCUCCUUCGUCAGCCUCUUCCGCUUCAGCAAAGACGAGGGGCGCCCCCCCUCGGUGGCGGAGAAGGCGGAGGUGCCGGUGGCGUCUCCACAGAGGGAGGGGGGCAGCUGGUCCAGUCCGGCCCACGCUCUCCACGUCUCAGCCACGCACAGGAAGCAGCACCCCCCCGAACUGCUCCGGAGGACCUCCACUGCGUCAGCCAUGGAAUGGGGAGCGGACGGUCUACAGGAUCCAUUUUACGAAUUUGCUUUCAGGCAGUGCUUAGAGUUCUCACUGUUUCUUGAGGGCCGUAGGAAGUCGGAAGCCCCCCUGGGGAGUCAUGACCCCCGCACCGCCGUCCAGCUCCGCACCGCCCUCAAACGACUGAAGGAGAUCAUGGAGGGAAAGAGUCAGGACAGCGAUCUGAAGCAGUACUGGAUGCCGGACAGCCAGUGCAAGGAGUGCUACGACUGCAACGAGAAGUUCACCACCUUCCGCCGCCGCCACCACUGCCGGCUGUGCGGCCAGAUCUUCUGCAGCCGCUGCUGCAGCCAGGAAAUCCCCGGCAAGUUCAUGGGCUACACGGGAGACCUGCGGGCCUGCACGUACUGCAGGAAGAUCGCUCUGAGCUACGCGCACUCGGCCGACUCGGGCUCCAUCGGGGAGGAUCUGAGCGCGCUCUCCGACUCGCCCUGCUCCGUCUGCGUGCUGGAGCCCAGCGAGCCCCGCACCCCCGUGGGGGGGCGCAAGGCCAGCCGAAACAUCUUCCUGGAGGAGGACCUGGCCUGGCAGAGAAAAACUCCCAUUGGGAUGAGAAAGAAUCUGAUCCAUCAGGAAUCGCAAGGCAGUGGCAUCAGCUCCAGACUGACUGCGGUGCCAGAAGAUGUGGGCAAAUCUCCAGCAAGGAAGAGGUCAGCCAGCAUCACCAACCUCUCCCUGGACCGCUCUGGGUCCUCCAUCGUCCCGUCCUACGACAGCUCCGUCAGCCCCCAGACCAGCCGGGCCCUGCCCAAAGCGGACCACAACGAGGAGGAGCGCAAGAUCCUGCUGGAUUCAUCCCAGCUGAAGGACCUGUGGAAGAAGAUCUGUCACAACAGCACAGGCAUGGAGUUCCAGGACCAUCGCUACUGGCUGCGCACCUACCCCAACUGCAUUGUGGGAAAGGAGCUGGUCAUCUGGCUGCUUCGCAACGGAACCAUCUCCACGAGGCCUCAGGCGGUGGCUAUAGGACAGGCGUUGGUUGAUGGACGCUGGCUGGACUGUGUCACUCACCAUGACCAGAUUUUCAGGGACGAGUACGCUCUCUAUCGCCCUCUACAGAGCACGGAGUUCUCUGAGACCCCGUCUCCGGACAGCGACAGCGUUAACUCCCUGGAGGGACACUCCGAGCCGUCCUGGUUCAAGGACAUAAAGUUUGACGACAGCGAUCCAGAGCAGCUGGCGGAUGAGUACCCCAUGCCCAACUCCGCCAGCCCCAGUAAGAGAACCUCGGUCAGCAGCUUUCAGUCGGCGGUGGACAGCGAUUCUGCCGCCUCCAUCAACCUGAACGUGGAGCAGGACAACGUCAACUUCCACAUCAAGAAGCACUCCAAGUACCCGCACGUGCCCCCGCACCCGGCCGAGCAGAAAGCGGAGCUCCUGGUGACAGAGGACGGAGGGCAGCAGAUCGCCAUCAGUGACGCGUUCAUUAAAGAGUCCCUGUUCAACAGGCGGGUGGAGGAGAAGGCCAAAGAGAUGCUGUUCACCCCGCUGGGCUGGCACCACAGCUCGCUCGACCAGCUGAGGGAGGAGAACGGGGAGAAGAAGGCCAUGGAGAGGCUGCUCUCCGCCAACCACAGCCACAUGAUGGCGCUGUUGCAGCAGCUGCUGUACAGCGAGUCCCUCUCGCUGUCGUGGCGUGACAUCAUCGUGCCGGUGGUGCGGCAGGUGGUGCAGACGGUGCGGCCGGACGUGCGCAGCUGCGACGACGACAUGGACAUCCGCCAGUUCGUCCACAUCAAGAAGAUCCCGGGCGGGAAGAAGUUUGACUCUGCUGUGGUGAACGGUUUUGUUUGCACCAAGAACAUCGCCCAUAAGAAGAUGAACUCCUACAUCAAGAACCCCAAGAUUCUGCUGCUGAAGUGCUCCAUCGAGUACCUGUACAGGGAGGAGACCAAGUUCACCUGCAUCGACCCCAUCGUGCUGCAGGAGCGGGAGUUCCUGAAGAACUACGUGCAGCGCAUCGCGGACGUGCGGCCCAACCUGGUGCUGGUGGAGAAGACCGUGUCGCGCAUCGCCCAGGACAUGCUGCUGGAGCACGGAAUCACGCUGGUCAUCAACGUCAAGCCCCAAGUGCUGGACAGAGUGAGCCGUAUGACGCAGGGGGACCUGGUCAUGUCCAUGGACCAGCUGCUGACCAAACCCCGCCUCGGCACAUGCCACAAGUUCUGCCUGCACUCCUUCCAGCUGGCCAACAACGAGGCGAAGACGCUGAUGUUCUUCGAGGGCUGCCCCGCCCACCUGGGCUGCACGGUGAAGCUGCGGGGCGCGGCGGAGUACGAGCUGGCGCGGGUGAAGGAGAUCAUCGUGCUGAUGAUCUGCGUGGCGUACCACUCGCAGCUGGAGAUCUCCUUCCUGAUGGACGAGUUCGCCAUGCCGCCCAGCCUGGCCAAGACCGGCUCCUUCCCCUGCCUGCUGGAGAGCGCCACGGGCGAGGAGGAGGAGGAGGAGGAGGAGGACGAGGAGGACGGAGGAGAGCGGGGCAGCAUGGACGGCAGUGACCCAUUCCAGUCGGGGGACGGGGGGGCGGGGCUCCUGGAGCAGGACGGGCCCCCGGGGAAGCCGGCGGCGGGGGCGGGGGCGGAGUCAUCGCCCCGGGACGGCGGGAGCCCCAAGGGCAUGGCGGCGGGCUCGGCCUCGUCCUUCACGGGGCCCGAGGGGGCGGGGCCGGACGUGCUCACCUCCACCCCGGUCUCCUGCCCCCCGGCCCCGCCCCCUCCCGUGUCCCCGCCCUUCCUGAUCCCGGACCUGGAGGCGGAGGCGGGGGCGAUGGCGGGGGCGAUGGCGGAGGGGGCGGGGCCAAAACGGGCGCUGUCGCGGGGCGACUCGCGGGACAGCUCGGGCUCGGAGACGCCGCCGCCGCCCCCCGCCCCGCGGCUCUUCCGCGACCCGCUGCAGGACGACACCGGCAUGUUCGUGGCGGAGCAGGUGGCCUCGUCCGACGACCGGCUGAAGUCGCUCUCGGCGGCGUUUCGGCAGGAGCUGAAGGACAUCAUCCUCUGCAUCUCUCCCUUCAUCACCUUCAAGGAGCCCUUCCUGCUCACCCCGGCCGGGCUGCGCUGCCCCAGCCGCGACUACUUCCCCGAGCAGGUCUACCUGUCCCCGCUGCUCAGCAAGGACUUCCGCGAGCUCGACGGCCGCCGCAAGAGGCAGCUGCUCAAGGAGGCGGGGCCUCCCCCGGGGGGCGUGGCCAACGGCGUCGCCGCGGCGACCGCGGCCCCCGCCCCCCGCUCCAUCCGGGUGCUGCCGUCGCACCGGCUGACCAGCAUGCGCAUCGCCGAGCAGCUGGGCGGCAGCCAGGACCUGGCCCGCACCCUGGCCGACUUCCGGGCCCAGGGGGGCCGCAUCCGCGCGCGGGACGCCGACCCCUUCGCCCAGGCCCCGGCCCCGGCCCGGGAGGCCCCGCCCCCCAGGGCGCCGCCCGUCAAGGCCGACAGUGAGGAGGAGCGGGGCCCGCCCCAGAGCGACAUGACCUGGGCCACCAAGAUGGACUGCCUGAACCCCAUCAACCACCAGAGGCUCUGCGUGCUGUUCAGCAGCUCGUCUGCGCAGUCCAACAACUCGCCCAAUCCCUGCGUCAGCCCCUGGAUUGUGACGAUGGAAUUCUACGGAAAGAAUGAUCUGACCCUCGGCAUAUUUUUAGAAAGAUACUGUUUCAGCAGGCCGUCCUACCAGUGCCCCAGCAUGUUCUGCGAGACUCCCAUGGUGCACCACAUCCGCCGCUUCGUCCACGGCAACGGCUGCGUGCAGAUCGUCCUGAAGGAGCUGGACUCCCCCGUGCCGGGGUACCAGCACACCAUCCUCAACUACUCCUGGUGCCGCAUCUGCAAGCAGGUGACGCCGGUCGUACCCCUGUCCAACGACUCCUGGUCCAUGUCCUUCGCCAAGUACCUGGAGCUGCGGUUCUACGGGCACCAGUACACUCGCCGCGCCAACGCGGAGCCCUGCGGGCACUCCAUCCACAAGGACUACCACCAGUACUUCUCCUACAACCAGAUGGUGGCGUCCUUCAGCUACACCUCAGUGAGAAUGCUGGAGAUCUGCCUGCCCCCCCAAAAGAUCUUCAUCAGGAACCAGGGCCCCUCCAAGAACAGCCUGCUGCAGGACCUCAAGGACUUCACUCAGAAGGUGACGCAGGUGUACCUGGCCAUCGACGACCGGCUCACCUCCCUGAAGACCGAAACCUUCAGCAAGACCCGCGAGGAGAAGAUGGAGGACCUGUUUGCUCAGAAAGACAUGGAGGAGGUGGAGCUGCGCAGCUGGAUCGAGAAGCUGCAGGCGCGGCUGCUCUCCUGCGGGCUGGACACGCCGCAGCAGCUGCAGGCGGUGCUGGAGUCGGUGGUGAUGAAGAAGCAGAGCCUGUGUGAAACGCUGCAGUCCUGGAACACCCGGCUCCAGGACCUGUUCCAGCAGGAGAAGGGCCGGAAACGUCUGUCUGUCCCGCCCAGCCCAGGGAGACACAGACAGACGGACGACAGCAAGACGAGCGCUCUGGAGUCCUCCCCCCGAAACCCCUCCCCCGUGGUGCAGAACGGAGAGAAAGAGGAUCGGUACCUGAGCACGCUGCCCUCAGGCUCGGGGUCGUCCUCGCUGCUGCAGCUGCCGUCGCCGGGGGAGGCGGGAUCAGAACCGCUCUCCUGUGGACCGUCCUUCCCUGAGCAGGACUCCAUCAGCAUCCCAGAAGACGUGUUUGACGGACAUCUGCUGGGCUCCAAUGACAGCCAGGUGAAGGAGAAGUCCACCAUGAAAGCCAUCCUGGCCAACCUGUUGCCUGGCAACAGCUACAACCCCAUCCCUUUCCCAUUCGACCCGGACAAGCACUACCUGAUGUAUGAGCACGAGCGGGUUCCCAUCGCUGUGUGCGAGAGAGAGCCCAGCUCCAUCAUCGCCUUCGCCCUCAGCUGUAAGGAGUACAAGGCGGCUCUGGAGGACCUUUCCAAGGUCACUGUGAAGACUGGAGCCGAGGAGACUGCACAGACCAACAGCGCGGGAGAGAACCGGGUGAAGAACAGCCCCGCCAAACCCAGCGAGGCGGCCACCCCCCUGGCGGGGCGGACCAGCAUGGAGGCAGACCCUCUCAAAGAGCCAGACGGAGGUGACAAGCAGAAGAAGGUGGCAGGCAAUCCUCACAUUGAACUGCAGUUCUCCGACGCCAACGCCAAGUUCUACUGCCGGAUCUACUACGCGGAGGAGUUCCACCGCAUGCGCGAGGAGAUCAUGGAGAGCAGCGAGGACGACUUCGUGCGCUCGCUCUCGCACUGCGUCAACUGGCAGGCCCGCGGGGGGAAGUCCGGCGCCGUCUUCUACGCCACCGAAGAUGACCGGUUCAUCCUGAAGCAGAUGCCCAGGCUGGAGGUGCAGUCCUUCCUGGACUUCGCUCCGCACUACUUCACCUACAUCACUGGAGCUGUGCAGCAGAAGCGCCCCACCGCACUGGCUAAGAUCCUGGGCGUGUACCGGAUCGGCUACAAGAACUCUCAGAACAACACGGAGAAGAAGCUGGACCUGCUGGUGAUGGAGAACCUGUUCUACGGACGCAAGAUGGCGCAGGUGUUCGACCUGAAGGGGUCGCUGCGGAACCGCAACGUGAAGACGGACUCGGGCAAGGAGAGCUGCGAGGUGGUGCUGCUGGACGAGAACCUGCUGCGGCUGGUGCACGACAACCCGCUGUACAUCCGCGCGCACUGCAAGGCCAUCCUGCGCGCCGCCAUCCACAGCGACGCCUUCUUCCUCACCUCCCACCUCAUCAUCGACUACUCGCUGCUGGUGGGCCGCGACGACACCACCGACCAGCUAGUGGUGGGCAUCAUCGAUUACAUUCGGACCUUCACCUGGGACAAGAAACUGGAAAUGGUGGUCAAAUCCACUGGAAUUCUGGGCGGCCAAGGGAAGUUGCCCACGGUGGUCUCCCCGGAGCUGUACCGGGCCCGGUUCUGCGAGGCCAUGGAUAAGUACUUCCUGAUGGUGCCGGACCACUGGACCGGGUUGGGGGUGAACUGCUGAGCCUGGCGGCGAGGCGGACUGUUGGGCCCUCAGCGGGACCGGGACCCCCCCCCCGUCUCUCCCGCUAUCCUGGGGCGACAGAGAGGGGGGCCCACCCCUCACCCCCCCGUCUCUCACAGAUCCACAGAAGCACACUUUAGGCUGGCUGAGGACGGGCAGGUAAAGGUGUGUUAAUUUAUCGGACCCUCCGCAGUGAGGUGGCCACCGCCCCACCUGAGGGGCGCACACAAGCCCCGACUUCCUCCCGAAUCGUGACAAGCUGUCACUAGGACGGGGGGGGGGUGUUGUGAAUCAGUGUUGUGGAAGUGCCAAGACACAGUGGUCCUUUCGUUUGCUUGAGAUUUUGGGACGUCGCACUGAAAACCCCUGGCAAGGCACGCCCUGAGAACAAGCCAGUCUGCGUGCGGUGUUUGUCCCAACUGUACAGAGAUUGAUGUAAUAAAGGAUUAACACAGUUUGUUAAAGUU